AGGGCAGGGCCUAAAGUUUGAGUGCCCUCUCUCCCCAUGUGCACAUUUCCUCUACCUCUUAUGCUCAGAUGAUAAGUGCCUCUUACUGAAGAGCGACGGACUGUGAAGUACCUGCAAGCAGAACUCUACAGUACCUGGAUCCAAGGUGCUACCUCUGUUCUCCUCGCUCUCUCCUCCAUUCUUCUCUCAUUCCUUCUCAUCGAGAAGAGGUUCUUGAGGUGCCAGCCAAACCUGAGGGCCGUCAGACCCCGAGAGGGACACGGUAGUGAGAGGUAACCAUGACAAACCCAUGCAUGGUGUUUCUGGAAGUGCUUGGGAUGCUGAUCGGGAUGGGCGGCUGGUUUUGUUCAUUGGCAGCCACCAUCAUGCCUCAGUGGUUAUCACUUUCUACUGAACUAAUGGGUAUGGAGAGCUACGAACAAGGGCUUUGGGAGGCUUGCGUGAUCCAGGAGGUUGCUGGCACGGAGUGUCGCCCCUAUGAUACUAUCCUAGGCCUCGAGCCCAAGUUCAUGCUGGCCCGUAUUCUAAUAUGCAUUUCGGAUGCCACAUGUCUUCUCGGACUGCUCCUCACCAUUCCUGCCAUGAGUCAGAUCAACUGCUUGAAGAGUGAGGAGGGAAGGAGGACCAAGCGAGGUUUGAAGAUCACGGCCGGUGUGUUUUUAUGCAUCGCUGGAUUGUUUGUGCUCUUUCCCGUCUCCUACAUCGCUCACGAUAUUGUUGUUAAGUUCUUUGAUGAGACCAUACCUCACGUGGUGCCACGUUCCGAGUUUGGGGACGCGCUGUUUAUCGGCUGGGCUGCAGGACUUCUUGACGUUGUGGCAGCCGCGCUGUUAUUCGCCUCUUGCUCUGACUCAAGAGACAGUGAACUACAUCUGGUGCAUCACAUUCAAAGGCAGGAGAUCAGAACUAUUGAUGGUUCGAAAAAACGCACUGAGUAUGUUUGAGGUACAUUUGUUGUGUAAUGCCUAUUAGUGUUGAUGGAGCAGGAAAAAAAAAAACUUUUGGAUAAUAUCUUCUGGAAUAUGUUUAUACUUAGAUUCAGUGUAUCCAUCAAUCAAACCCUUGAAACAGGUAAAUCAUUAUUACGAUGCAUUUGUCAUUUAAUAUCUGAGUAGUCUAUUUGAUUAUUUGUAUUAUCGGUAAUGUGUUGAUAUUGAAAAGUUGCCAAUACGUUUUCAGUUGCUUUCAUAGAGAUGUAAUGAUUGACAAAAAAAAAAAAAAAAAAA